AUGAAAUCGUUUUUCAAUUUUGCCCUUUUCGGAGCUUCCUUUUUCAGCGGAACACAAGCGCAAGCGGAUGAAAGCGACUCGUUGGGCAUUCUAGGACGACAUGGAAAUCGACCCCAAGGGGGAAUCUCGGUGAUGGGAAGAAGGUACUCGGACUUGCUGAAGAUCGUGCAGUUUUACAACCCUUCUUUUGAUGAAAGAAAGUACUGGACAUACGGAUGCCACUGUUUGAUCCUUGGCGACCGCCCAAUGAGCGAUCCUGGCUAUGGACGACCGGUUGAUCCUUUAGACGUUGUAUGCAAGCAGUACAAAGACUGCCAAAAAUGCGUAAAGAUGGAGUUUGGCGAGCAAUGCAUCGGCGAACUCGUCAAGUACAAAUGGCGCAAAACCAACGGCGGUGUAAUCUGCGUGGACAAGCCGGGCACUUGCCAGAGAAAUCUAUGCGAGUGCGACCUCGACUACGCGAAAAAGAUGCCCGAGCAACUUGUGCAUUUCAAUUCCGACUAUCAUCUCUUCUGGUCGACCACUGGAUGGGACCCGCGCGGUGAUAACUCAUCGUGUUUGAAAACCAGCGGCGUCAGUGAGCCAGAAUGCUGCGGUCCCCCAACCGGUCCCUUGACGAUCUUCAACUCUCUCAACAAACAGUGCUGCGACGACCAUACCAUUCAGCCUUAUGGCAUGUGCGCCUAA